ACCAACCUCCUCCUCCUCUCUCUGGCCGUCUCCGAUUUCUUCGUCGGUCUCUUCAUGAUCUUUCAAAUAAUGAUAAUAGACGGCUGCUGGUUACUCGGUGAUCUCAUGUGUUCUCUUUGGUUGAUUCUAUUAUCUAUUAUUAUAACGUCCUCAAUUGGAACCAUGGUGCUCAUAUCAGUGGAUCGAUAUGUGGCUAUUUGUUAUCCUCUGCAUUACUUCACCAAAGUCAAACCAAGAAGAGUUCAAGUCUGUGUUUGUCUGUGUUGGAUGUUUGCUGCUUUAAUUUACAGUCUGCUGAUGAAGAAUAACCUGCAACAUCCAGGCAGGUAUAACUCCUGCAUAGGAGAGUGUGUCAUUGACAUGAACUACAUCGCUAGUCUUCUUGAUCUAAUUGUUACAUUCAUUUUUCCCAUUACUGUUGUUGUCAUUCUAUAUAUUAGAAUAUUUGCGGUGGUUGUGUAUCAGGCUCGUGCCAUGCGGUCUCACAUUGCAGUUGUGACAACGAAAGUAGCCGUUAAAAAGUCUGAAAUGAAAGCAGCCAGGAAUCUUGGUGUUGUUGUAGUUGUGUUUAUGAUAUGCAUUUGUCCAUAUUAUUGUCUUGUUCUAACAUCCCAAAUUAACGUGUACACAACCUCAUCUUUAACCAUUGUAAUAUGGUUGACUCAGUUUAACUCCUGUCUCAAUCCUCUGAUCUAUGCCAUUCUCUACCCCUGGUUCAGAAAAUCAAUUAGGUUAAUUGUUACACUUCAGAUACUGAAGUCUGGUUCCUAUCGGACCAACAUGCUUUAGAGACACGCUGCAUGGGUGUAAAUUUAAACUUUUAGCCUGAACAACAAUAUGAAGAAUUUUAUUCAUGGUGCAAAAUAAAUCAGGAUUUCCCUUUUCACCUCAACUUAUUGGGCCAAAGCAAAAGGUCAAUUUGAUUCCCCGGGCAGAUUAAUAACCUGGUACAGCUGUAUUUUACAACACUAUCCCUCUGAUACUUUCCCUUGUUACCCUGCCACUUUAUUAUGAACUGAUUAUAUGUAAAAAACCUCAAGCACAUGUACAGCCUUAAAAACAAGGCAAGCAUCUUCAAAAUGUGAAAGAAAAACAUAAAAAUGGAAUAGAUUGUGCU